GGUCCCACAUGGUCUUUUGAAGCCGGGGGCGAGGAGGGAGUUUGCCGGGCUUCAGCGCGAGGACAACGGGCGCCUUUUUGGCAUGAAUUGCAUCGAGGCGGUGUUUGGGGAUGGGGAUGGGCGCAUUCGACGUGAACAUGUCGUCGUGCGUACGCUUGCGGCGCUCCCUAGCCAGGGCGAUUGCGGCGUGGUGGCGUUCUGCAAGCCUUUCCCGUUUUCUUUCGAGGGCGGCGAUGAGGGCAGCCUGGUUGUCUCGCUCAAUAGAGGCGACGACCUGCUCGGCGUGAGAGAGAUUCUCUUCCCAUUCCGCAAUUUCAUCGGCUGUGGGGUUUGCGGGAAGGCUCGGGAUGCGGCGAAGGAUGGUGCGCUCAGGGGAUUGAGCGUCGUCCUCCUCGUGGUGGUUUUCAGACGUCUCCUCGUCUCGGACUUCGGCCUGGGACGGCGUUUCGUUGUCGUGCUGAGAGUCAUUGUCGUUUUCGUCCAUGGUGAUGAUACCGCUGGGGUAAACACAAGUGUGGGUCUGUGUACUACCCCAGGGAGGAGAGCGAACGUGAGUUCAAGGUCUCGUGAAAACCCACACCGGUUGCCUCUCGCGAGAGCGGCUUCCAGUAAUACCCUUUCCGUUCUCAUAGACGGAAAUCACCAUGGAGACCAGAUUGUAAUGUACCUGUGUCCAGAACGAUGAAUUAGGUCAAUGUUGAUGCAGAAUGAGAGUGCAAUGUUAUGAACAGAAUGCGCUUAGCCCGUUUUUGUUCUAUGAUCUGUGCACGUCGAGUGAAAAAGAGAUAAGGGAAAGGGAGCUACGGCUACGACUUGUUAUUUAUACACCGUCGGAACACCAGACAUGAAUUAUCCCCACAUAU